AUGGCGCAAGAAUGUACUAAGCCUCAUGCCUGCGCCAAGUGUGGUAGGAAUCACUUUGUCAUCUAUCAUGAAGGAUUCACAGGUUGUUUCAAAUGUGUCCAAGAGGGUCACUUCAUUGGAGAGUGCCCCAACGACAAGCAAGGAGGUGGAAAUCUGGGCAAUAGAGCUCAAUAUUCAUCAGUUGCUCCACCAAACAAGCUUGCACCUAGGGGAACUACUUCUGGAACAGGUGGAGGAACAAACUGCUUGUAUGCUCAUAAUAAUUGCCAUGUACUAAAGAAUUUUCCAGAUAUUUUCACUGAUCUAGGAGUUAGUUUAUCUUUUGUAACUUCUUAUGUGGCUAUGAACUUUGAGAUUUCUCCUGAGCUAGAUAUCGAACCAUUUAGUGUAUCGACACCUUUUGGUGAAUCAAUUUUAGGCAGAAAGGGUCUAUCGUGA